AUGGGGGAACCAACUCAUAACAGGGAAUUUUUUUGGAAUUCUUGGGCUCCUCCGAAGCAAAACGUUCUGCUUUGGCGGGCGAUUUGGGGCAGCGUUGCGUCGAAGUCUGGGCUGGCUCGUCAGGGUGUUGCUUUGCCGGAUACCCUUUGCUCUCGGUGCGGGAUUCAGACUGAAGAUCCUGACCAUAUAUUCCUCAAUUACUUGUGGGCUAGGUGCAUAUGGUGGCAAGUGCUAACCUGGAUGCGUAUCAACUUCCCCGUUAAUUGCAGUAGCUUGAAGGACCUCAUAGAUAUAUUGAAGGAAAGCCCGGGAAGUAAAGCUUGGAAGCGCACUGUGUACACGGUUGGUAUGGCGGCGGUUUGGAGAAUUUGGGGAGCGAGAAACCUUAAGACUUUCGAAGAUUCUUUUGUUCCGGUUAAGAAGACGGUCGAUCUCAUCAAGGAGGACGUCUUUUCCUGGAUCAUUAAUAGAACCAAGUUGAAGGCCCUCGCGUGGGAAGACUGGAUGGAGUUCAAUAUUGUUAACUUGUUAUAA